AUGCCAGCGGCCGGAACAUUUGCCAUUUUCGCGCUAAGAAAUUUCCCGUCCGUCCUCGAACAGGAGCUUCUCGCGACGAAGACCAUCAACAGGAUUCUGUAUGCUACGCAGGGUACCAUGACGAUCCAGGCAUUGAAGACGGUGUCUACCGGCCGUAACGGCCUCGGCGCCUUCAUCCUGCAAUGCAGGAAGAUGGACUUCCACUACUGCGACUGGGCCGGCAGCUCCAAGGGAAUGAACGGCUUCAUCAAGUCCCAGCUUCCCAAGUUCGCUGCCGCCAACCCCCAGAUCGAAUUCACCGUCUCCCCUCGUCCCUCGAAACACCCCAUUAUCGUCGGCCACUACAUCAACGGCCGCGAGAAGGCCAUCUGCGUGCGGAACAUGGAGCCCCUCGAGAUCCUCAAGAAGGCGGAGCUGUUGCGCGAUGCAAGCGGCGAGAAGCUCAAGAGGGUGACCAAGCCGGUGGCGAGCAUCAACCCAAGUGUCAGAGGUAUCUGGAGUCCUUACCAUGGAAAGGGCAUGACUGUAUAA